AUGUCCAACAAGAGCAACAAAGAAGAGUCCAAUUCUGAGAGCGAGGAGCAAAAGGUUUCCAAACCUAUGCCCCAAAAGAAAGAGCCAAAGCAAAAUCAGCAGGAGGUGUCCAAGUAUGAGGCAACAAAACAAAAGAAUAUUGAGCAAAAUAAGGUGUUACUGAGGGAGCUAGGCCUUGACAACAUUGGGACGAAGAUGAAGAAGGGGGGAUUGAAAACAUGGGAUGAAAAUGAACCCACCUCUAAAAAGGACCCGUCUACCCCCAGCAACGUUCAUACAUUCCCACGUCAACCGUCGACAUCUAGCAAAUCUGGCGUACCCAAUGUUGAGAAAUCAACUGCCAGUGUCAAAGAAAAAGACCUCGGUGACACGUCUCCCCAGUCUCCUACUAAGGCCAAUCAAUCUACUGGAGUAGUACCCAACGUAGUCAAUUCGGUGUUGCAUGAUAAUCUUGAAGACAUUGCUGGCAUCUCUAUUGCAACUACUAAAGACAAUGCAAAAGUCAGCAUUCAGGUCAUCAGGGAAGUGAAUUCAAACGCUGACCUACCGAGAGACAAUGAUCUCGCCACCGCAAAUCCAGAUAUGGAUGUAGACCCAAAAUCUGAUGAUAGGUGCCUGCGCAGAGAUGCCGGGGUCAGUGUUGAUAACGCUGCCGUGGGAAUAGCCCCUCAAACCUUCCACGUUCAAUCACCCUCACCGUCUGCUUCGCCAACCACGCUUAGUGCUGCCACUACACCUGCACCACCUCCAACCUCUACCCCAUUGACUGCUCCUCCAACUCUUGCAGCCACAGCCGAUCCAUUAACUUUCCUUGCCUCUCUUGACGACAACCUCAAAGGCGCCCCCUCUUUCUUAUCUUUGAAUGUGAUCCAGUAUCUUCAAGGUUUAUCCAAUCACACAAGUUGGCAGGAGUUGGUGUCGCUGUAUCUGGAAUUUGAGAAAGGGAAUCCUACCCUAAGAAAACUCUCGACCGCAAUGCGUCCACGCAAAGUGGCCCCUUGGAUCAAAAGGCAUCUAAACAAGAAGCAUGACCCUGUCCCUGUCAACAAAGCAAAUUACGGUCAACGAUUCCGCGAUUGGUGGUCCUCAAAUCAGUUGAGGGGUUGUUCUUCGCAGGAGGAAGGUGGGCAGCAGCAGCAGCCUUCUCAAACCAUAUCUCCUCCUGAGCAAAGUACGCCUUCUCUGUCGGUCUCGGGUUCGGAAGAGAUACUUGACAAAGAGGAAGGCGACCCCAUAGACCCGGCAUUCCAUAGCCCAAGCAGGCAAACCUCAUUUGUAAACCUCCGUAGUAUUUCUCAAGCGCAAGAGGAAAUCGAUGCCCAAUCUCCUAUUUCACCGUCAAUUGGCCGAUCAUCCCUGGUACAUUCGCCUGUUGUUGCACCUCCAGCUGCACCUCCAUCUGCUGCUCCUCAUGAUGAUGAUGAUGCCAAAGAGGAUGUAGAACAAUUACGCCGCAAGACAAUCGCUGAGCGCAUGGCCAAAUUGGGUGGUAUUCGAUUUGGCGCUGCACCUAUCCCUACCCCCAUCAGUCGACCACCACCUCGACAGUCUGAGGAAGAAGAUCAAAAAGAGGGUGAAAGUUCAGCUGCAGUAGACGAAGAACCUGCAGUGCCACUUUCUGAAGAAGAAGAGGAGCGAGCGCGGAAGGAACGGAUUGCAGCCAAAUUGGCUACGAUGGGUGGAAUGAGGAUUGGGAUGAUGAUGGGUGCUGGUGGAUUGCCUCCUCUGCCCCCGAGAUUGCAUAUGGUGAAAGAGGAGAAUGUUGACAGAGCUUCUGCGCCUGCACCUGCUGUCCCACCCGCGCCACCCACCCGCGCUGUACCUCUCUCACGGCCCCCUCCGCCUCCAGCUGCCCCUGUGCAGUCGGCCCAAGAUACAGACUCUGAGUAUGGAAGCGUAGCUGCUUCUGAAGAAGGUGUCAAGGUUGAGGCUGGUGAAAGUGAGGCCGAGGAAUCUGGAUACGAACAUGUCGAAGAGGCUCCUCCUCCAGUACCAUCACGAGCUGCUUGCCCGUCUAUCAACAGACAAUCUACAGGACCUUCUUCUCCACCUUCCAGGCCACCUGUACCGACCGCCUUGCCGAUGAGGCGAUCUAGCACAUUGCAGAGCUCCACCUCUACGAGAAAUGUAUCAGGUGGAGAUGGGGCGUCGAGUCCUCCCCAUAGGGCGCCGCAAAUGCCUCACACUGAAUAUGUUAUGGUUGAAGAACCGGAAAGUCAAGAGGCUCCUCCACCGCCUCCAGCCAGGCCUGCCGCUCGCCCUCCUCCAUCACGGUCUGCUCCUCAGGCACCACAACCACCACCUAUGCUCCAGCGUCCCGACCUGGGAGAUAGCAUAUCCUUGCAAUGGGAGCUCCCGUCAAUCCCUAAUUCCAGUCUCGAUUUCAGUGGUGCCUCGGAUUUGACAAUGUCGUGGACAGAUGCUGGCGCCGAACCAACCUCUCCUGUAGUGGCGGCACAACCAUCUUCUCCACCCGCCCCUCCACCGCCAACCAAACCACCUGCUCCUCUAGCUAACAAUCGACAAUUGUCCGCCGACGAGCUGAUCGCGUUGUGGGGCCGCGUUGGCGUGCAGGUUUGCAAGGUUGCUACGUCGCUCUUCGAGAAAUCGCACAAGACGCUCAUCGGGGACGGGUCCUACGCCGGAUUCGUGCGCGAGGUGCUUGCAGCGGUGCCCAACGCCGCACCCGCGCCCACAGCUGCUGGAGAGCCGUACGGUUAUACAAUAUACGGUUAUACAAUAUACGUGCAGAACGGGCCGGCGGUGGUGAAACGCGUCAGCGAUAUUAUGCCGGGCAAUUUGGUGGAGAUUCAGGAUGCAAAGCUCAAGGGGCACAAGGGGCUGCAGACGUAUCAUCAGUCCGUGGGUGCGGCGGGUGAGACGUUGGUGGGCGUUGUGGGCGAAUUCGAAGCGAAAAAGUCGAAAAUCAGGGUGUUUCAGGCAAAUCAGCAUGUUGGACAGCAGACAGUCGAGUCUGUCAGUUACCGUUUGGAAGACCUCAAGAGCGGACUUGUCAAGGUUUAUCGUGUUCUCGAUGCAUAG